AUGCUCGACAACUUCUUCGCUGAUGAGAGUCUGUUGUUCCCAGACAUUCACGACCCCUCCGAGGACUUGCUUCUGCAGAAUCUAGCCUCCGAAUUUGAUGUUACGGGAUUUUUUCCGGAAUUGAGUGGGUGUGCAUUGCCACCUACUGAGCAUCUCGAUUCCAGUGGGAACGCCAAUGGCGGGUUCAAUGGUCUCGAAUCCUGGGGAAACACUCUCGGUCUUGACUUCGGCCUUGAGGCAAACGUCAAUUCUCUUGAGGAUCCUCCAUCUCUCUGGGAUCCUACUCUCAUAUCCCAGUAUCUCAUUAAAGUUUCCCCGGACAUUCCUUGUACCGUUGCCAACCCCUCACCCCUCUCCUCGAUCCCUCUCCUCGAUCAUAACUCCACCGCCUCUGAUCAAUCACUACAUCUUAAUGGCAUUCCAGAAAAGAGUAAUGCCUCAUCUUCCCGUUUUAUGCCAUAUCCGAUCUCGCCUGGAUUGUCGACAUCGUCGUCGUCGCCGUAUGCUUUAUCCUCCCCGGAACUAGCACCAUCCCGCCAUGCUCGUGGGCACACGAAAUCCAAUGCGCUUCCGCGCAACCUUCAGAGUUCUAUUUCAGAUCAAGAGCUGGAUGAUUUACCUCUACCUCUAUGCGUCCAUACGAAACGCAGUAUCGAGUCCAUCACACCACCCACUUACCUAGACUUUGAUACCCCUGCGUCCUCUUGUCUAUCCAUUGAUGAGAGGAAUGAGCAUGCACCCCAUAAUCUGCGCCCCAGAGCCUUUUGGGAGACAUUCGAUUCUGCUACUUCGAUUGAUUCAGCCAUGGAGAUAUUUGGCCAUGAGAAUACCUUAAAACUGGACCUCGGCCUGGACAUUCACAUUGACUUCCCUACGCUUCGGCAGAAAAACCACGACCUUAUGCUUCAAGACGUGCUUUGCUCCUCAUUAUUAGGCCUCGAGUUUCUGGCAGACCUCGAACAGACGGCGUUCAAUACCGUGACAUUUGCGCCGCUAAUGCAGCCUGUGGAUCUUCCAGACACGUCCUCAUAUCGGUGGUGA